GAGCUGCCCUAGGCCGGUGUCCAGCGUAGCACGAACUCUUAAGACACCAGCACAAGCCGGUAUCUGGCUCCUCCAGCCAGCCAGCUAACUGGCUAGCAGCAACAGAUUGGUCAGGAGCUUCUCCUUAGGCUGUUUGUUAACUGACGGCGAAGUAUGGAGAGCUUUGUGUUUUAGCUGUGUAAUCUAGCUGCACUGGCUUAAGCUAACUAGCUAAGCUUUUGUAUCGAAAGUGUUUUUUUUUUUACAUUUUUCUACUAGCUAGCGAGCUAGCUUCCAUUGUAGCUCUUACGUUAAGCUAAACAAAACAGCGAUUUUGGUGUUGCCCUUUUGCUUCGCUUCAUAGAAACACCGAGUAAGAAUACAGUUUACAUGUCAGAUGACCUACAUGGGUAUCCCAGUUAUUCCAAGGACUAUAAUCAUCACGUUAUAUGCACUUAAAGGGUUCGUUAGCUAGGUUAUCUUCUCGCGUUGAAAUGUUAGCUAGCUAGCGCAGUUAGCUAGUUAGCUUUUCCUAAGGCUGUUCUUUUCACAGUUCCGUGCAAGAUUAUCGUGAUUCAACGUCCGUAAAAACACUUUCAGUACAAAAAAAAGACUCCUGUUACGUUAUUCUAAUAACAGCACGUUAACCAUUGCCCUCACGUCACCGUUUACGUGUACUGCUGAUAGUGUGUGCGCCCAUCCAAAGGUUUAUAACCUAGCUAGGCUAUCAGUCUAAUCGCUCGUGUGACCGACGGGUGUUUUUACCGAAAUAAUGAAUUUUCAGUCAUUCACCACGUUUGGAUAUAUGCGCUUUUUGUGUUAUUUUACAAACAAGCUCCUGCAGAUGAUGCACUGUUAACCUCGCUUACGUAUAUUUUGUGAAUUAGAAAUGUAUGUUAAAUGUGUUUUGGUGGUGUAACCUACAUUCAUUAUACACGGCGAAUGCAUGAUAAGCUGGUAGGUAGGUUAGCUAGUUAACACACUGGGAGCUUUCUUUGAGUGCGCAAAAGCGAUCAUUUGACUGAGUAGUUCGUUUUGACAGCCAGGGUCAUCAAGUGAAGCAAAAGAUAAGGUAAAUGUAGAAAAAACUGAUAAGCUGGGCACAGUGAGCUUGGAACGUACAUCGUGUCAUCUGGUUCAAGGGAUAAAGUCCGCUCCAGUUAGUAUUUUGGAUUCUAUGACUUCACGUUUCGCCAGCCAGCCAGCAGGCUGCUUUGUUUCGGUCGAUAUUGGUUGUGCUGUAGGUGUGACCCGGUAUUUGACAUUAAAAUUUGCUUGAACAUUUUCUAGCGUUAUGACGCAUGUUAGUUUUUUCCCCUCCGUUUAAUCUUUGCAGUCAGUUCAUUGCCGAAAGGAACAAUGUCAUGAAUGAAAAGUCGUUCUUGCGUAGAAUGCAGUGCGGACUGAAAUUUUAGAAGAGCUUUGUGUGUCUCUGCUGGAAUGGCCACGUACCAGGACUUUAUACAGCAGAAUGAGGACCGUGAUGGGGUACGAUGCAGUUGGAACCUCUGGCCCUCCAGCAGACUAGAGGCCACAAGACUGGUGGUUCCAGUCUCUUGCCUCUUCACUCCUCUUAAAGAGCGUCCCGACCUUCCUCCUGUGCAGUAUGAGCCUGUGCUCUGCAGUCGAGCCAGCUGCAAAGCCGUUCUCAACCCCCUCUGUCAAGUGGACUUCAGAGCUAAGAUUUGGGCAUGCAAUUUCUGCUUCCAGAGAAACCCUUUCCCUCCAUCAUAUGCAGGCAUUUCAGAGGUGAAUCAGCCCGCUGAACUAAUGCCACAGUUUUCCACUAUUGAGUACAUAGUACAGCGUGGUCCCCCAACUCCACUUGUCUUCCUGUAUGUGGUGGACACGUGCCUGGAGGAGGAGGACUUGCAAGCCCUGAGGGAGUCUUUGCAGAUGUCUCUCAGCCUGCUGCCUCCAAAUGCCCUGGUAGGGCUCAUUACGUUUGGCCGUAUGAUCCAGGUCCAUGAGCUCAGCUGUGAGGGUAUUGCCAAGAGUUAUGUAUUCCGUGGGACCAAGGAGCUUACUCCCAAACAGAUUCAGGAGAUGCUGGGUCUGAUGAAGCCAGCAGCCUCAGGACAGCAAGGCCGACCUCUGGCCCCUCAAGAUGCUGCCACUUCUUGCAGAUUUCUGCAGCCUGUUCAUAAAGUAGAUAUGAACCUGACUGACCUACUUGGUGAGCUACAGAGAGACCCCUGGCCUGUUCCACAGGGAAAGAGGCCACUUCGUUCCACAGGCAUUGCUCUCUCCAUUGCUGUAGGACUACUGGAGGGUACAUUCCCAAAUACUGGAGCUCGUGUGAUGCUUUUCAUGGGAGGGCCUCCCACCCAGGGUCCUGGCAUGGUGGUAGGAGAUGAAUUGAAGACUCCCAUCCGGUCAUGGCAUGACAUUCAAAAGGACAACGCCCGUCAUAUGAAGAAGGCUAUCAAGUACUACGAGGCUUUGGCGAACCGUGCUGCAGUGAAUGGACACAGCAUUGACAUCUAUGCCUUUGCGCUGGACCAGACUGGGUUACUGGAGAUGAAGUGUCUGUCCAAUCUUACAGGGGGACACAUUGUCAUGGGAGACUCCUUCAACACCUCUCUGUUCAAGCAGACAUUCCAGAGAGUCUUCAGUAAAGACUACAAUGGGGAAUUCCACAUGGCUUUUGGAGGAGUUUUAGAAGUCAAGACCUCGAGAGAACUGAAAGUGGCAGGAGCUAUUGGACCCUGUGUGUCUCUCAACAGUAAGGGACCUUGUGUCUCAGAGAAUGAGUUGGGAGUUGGUGGUACCUGCCAGUGGAAGAUUUGUAGUCUCAGCCCAUCCACCACACUUGCUCUAUAUUUUGAAGUGGUGAAUCAGCACAACUCUCCUAUCCCUCAGGGAGGCAGAGGGGCCAUCCAGUUUGUCACACAGUACCAACACUCUAACACGCAGAGGAGGAUCCGUGUCACCACCAUCGCAAGAAACUGGGCAGAUGCACAGUCUCAGAUUCAGCACAUUGAGUCGUCCUUCGACCAGGAAGCUGCUGCUGUUCUCAUGGCAAGGCUGGGCGUGUUCAGGGCAGAGUCAGAGGAAGGUCCAGAUGUUCUCCGUUGGCUUGACAGACAGCUCAUUCGUCUGUGCCAGAAGUUCGGACAGUUCAAUAAAGAUGACCCCAAUUCCUUCAGGCUAUCGGAAUCCCUGUCUCUUUACCCUCAGUUCAUGUUCCACUUGAGGAGAUCUCCAUUUCUGCAGGUGUUCAAUAACAGCCCUGAUGAGUCAUCCUACUACAGGCACCACUUUCUGUGCCAGGACCUAACGCAGUCACUUAUCAUGAUCCAGCCCAUCCUCUACUCCUACUCAUUCUUUGGCCCUCCUGAGCCUGUUCUUUUGGACAGCAGCAGUAUCCUUCCAGAUCGUAUUCUAUUAAUGGACACGUUCUUCCAGUUGGUCAUCUACCAUGGAGAGACUAUUGCUCAGUGGCGGAAAGCAGGUUACCAAGACAUGCCAGAGUAUGAGAACUUUAAGCAGCUGUUGCAGGCUCCUCUAGAUGAUGCUCAGGAGAUCCUGCAAACCCGCUUCCCUAUGCCCCGCUACAUUGACACAGAGCAUGGAGGAUCACAGGCUCGCUUCCUGCUUUCUAAAGUGAACCCCUCCCAAACGCAUAACAACCUCUAUGCCUGGGGACAGGAGGCUGGAGCACCCAUUCUCACAGAUGACGUCAGCCUCCAAGUGUUCAUGGACCAUCUGAAGAAACUUGCUGUCUCCAGCUCAGCCUGAAGCGUGCAAAAGGGAAGAAGAACAAAAACAUGAAUCUGAUCCUCCACUGUGGGGGAGAAUUGCCAUUUUCAUUUCAGCCUUUGGCCUUGACGCCUCAAAGUGUUUUCAUCUUUGUUCAAGAAUUCUUGAGUAUGCAAGGUUGCAAAACCUUGUCAAAAGUCGUGGUGUACGCAGAAGUACAUAUACAACCUUGGGAUUGAUUUAACGGUUUACUAGUCAAAAUAACAUCCCAUUUACAUGGGAGGUCUGGUCAAGGUUCAAAUGCCUACAAUUGUAACAAGCCCACUGUGUCUCAUUAUAGUGUAACUGCAGGUACAAAUAUGCAGGUGUGAUUUUCCUGAUCUGUAAAUUUGAAGCAUGUACAGUAAGUCAUUUUAAAAAGAAAUGUAGAGUGUACUUUGGUUUAUAAUUUGCUCUCAUAGAACCAAAUGAACAGUUUCAAUCCAUUAUUUACUGGCACAGUUUUUCUGCAGGGCACUUUCUGACCUGUCCUUGUUAGAGUUUUGUUUCUGUUUGGAUCAUUUGGUUUUUGUCUAACGCAAGAAUAUUUUCUCUCCACUGCAUAGAAUUCUCAUGGUAAGAAUUUUUAAUUGUUAAUGUAUAGAUUUACAUUCCAGAUAUAACUUGAUUGUUAAUAAUGAAUGCUAUGCAUAAAUUUUAUUUCAGCAAAA